AUGGCUUUCCUGGGCCUUUCACUCGUCACUUGGCAAACUCUUCUCAUCAUCGGCUUCCCAUUCAUCUGCGGCUCCUUAUCUCGAAUCCGAGCCAUCCUUCUAUUCAUUCGACACCCCUUUAGGAAGACUCCACCCUCGGAGCGGAACGCAGCCAGCGGGGCCAAGAAAACGGCCCAAGUCUUACCGCCCCGGCGAUAUCUGAGGCCGCAGAGUUUCUUCCUCGGCUUCCUUCUCCUCGGCCACUUGGUCCGCUUCCUGAGCACGAAUCCGAGCCAGAGCAACCCGUUCCGACUGACGAACCAGCCCCUGAAUGUGCCCUCGACGACCCUGCUAAGUUCUCUGGAACGCUACUAUCGCUCGAAGGAGACGCCGUACGAGCAGGAACGAUUGAUUCGGAAACUGAACACGCUCGAUGCCCGGCUGCUUUACUCGACCAUCGGACCCGAUCCAUUCCUUCAUUGUACCUGGUGUCGACCUCCAUCGAGCAAGGCCAAUGGGGCCGACCAUCUGUACUUCGGCCUCUCUAGACUCGGCCUACAAUAUGCCAGUCUAUUACUGGCCAUCGGUCUGAUGACGACGGGGGCCAGUCAACUGCGGAUGAAGCGACGAAUCUGGAGGACUAGACUAGCCCUUCUGAGCAUCUUCUACUUCAUCUUCGAGGCCGCCGUUCUCUCGAUCCUCGUCUUCAUCCCCAGUCUGCUCACUGCCAUGGACGCCGGCCGGAUGACCUGGGACGCCCUCUUCCUCUUCAGGUCCUCCUUCUUCCCCUUCAUCCUCUUCUGCUCCUGGUGGGCAGUCGUCUCCGAACCGCCCGCAGAACUCCUCUCGCCCAUCGCUAAAGUCGGCCUCGGCCUCGCCUCCGUCGCCUCCGAUCUCGACGGAUUGGUCAAUCGUCUUAGACUCACCGCCCUCCAACGUACUGCACUCAUGAAAGAUGGCGAUUAUCGAUCUCAGAUACAUUCAUUUUGGGAGAACGUGGAACGUCAAGCAACUCUAGCCUCGUCGAAUCCGUCGAUCAAGAGCAUGAAAGAGACCAUGGGACUGAGUACUUCAGACACCAUGAACCACCAAUCUCGCGAUCAAUUACGGACGUGGAUCGAUAACGUCUUUCCUGAUCCUUCCUUCGACUCCUCUUCUCCUACUUCUCUUUAA